CCACACCCCUGCCUCCGGGGCCACUUAAGACAGAGCCAACAUUGGGACAACUGCUUCUCCUGAGCAUUUCUGGAGCAGAAGCUCUUCUCACAGAGGGAGGGACAGAGCGGGCAGCGGGCACCAUGGAGCCCCCUUUGGUCCUUCCCCGAGGAGGACGGGUCCCCUGGCAGGACCUCCUGCUGGCAGUCUCGCUCUUAACCCUCUGGAACCCGCCCACCACUGCCCAAGUCACUGUGGAGUCCGUGCCGCCCAGUGCUACCGAAGGGAAGGACGUCCUUCUGCAAAUCCACAAUCUGCCUAGGGAUACUGGACGCUUCAACUGGUACAAAGGGGCCACAACAGAGGAGAACCAUCGUAUUGUAUCAUAUGUAGUAGAUACACAAAAAACUAUUCUAGGACCUGCACACAGCGGCAGAGAGACAGUGUACCCCAAGGGAUCCCUGCUCUUCCGGAACAUCACCCUGAAGGACACAGGAGUCUACAUCCUACAAAUCAUAAAUAGAACUUAUGACACGGCAGAAAUAACUGGACAGGUCCGCGUAUUCAAGCCGUUGGCCCAGCCCGCUCUCCAUGCCAGCAACACCACAGUCACAGAAGACAAGGACUCUGUGGCCCUGACCUGCUCCACAAAUAACCCUGGGGUCUCUAUCGGGUGGCUCUUCAAUGGCCAGAGUCUAAAGCUCAUGGAGAGGAUGACACUGACCCAGGACAACAGCACCCUCACCAUACGCCCUGUCAGGAAGGAGGAUGCCGGGAAUUACCAGUGUGAGGUCUCCAACCCAGGCGAUUCCAGGAAAAGUGACCCUGUGAUGCUGGCUGUGAGCUAUGAAGGAAGCACCACAGGCUUCCCUGUGGGGUCCAUCAUUGGCUUUGUAGCCGGGGUCCUUUUUGGACUGGCACUGGCAACUGCCCUAGGCUAUCUCCUGCUCUGCACAAGGACUGGAAGGGCCAGUGGCUGGUGUGACCUCAGAGAGCUCUGCUGCCCAGCAUCCACCCCCCGUUCCAGCCAGCAGCAACAAAUCGCAGGACUCCCUGCCCGGCCCCACAACAGCCAUUCCUAUCUACCAGAUUCACAGAUUCUGGGCCUGAGGAUAGAAACAUCUCUGAGGGGCCCUUGUUCCACAGCCUUCAAGCCCUCUAUCACAGCCCUCAAGGCCUUGUUCAUCACCUUCCUUCACUACCAACUGCUGGGGGCAGCCUGGACUUGGUCAUCUAACUGUGGAGCCACUUCCUGCAGUGAUGUCUACAGCACCCUCAGGGCCCUGAGCGAUGGAGACAGAGGCCAGUGCACACUCCGUGAAGCCCUCUCCAUCUCUUGUUAGUAAUGCUCCUUGUUAAGAAUGGAAAGAAUGUGGUCAGAACUAGAUUAAGGCUCCCAAUCCCUGGGAAUUGCUGGGUUCCAUCAGCACCAUGGACAGUGUCCCAGCCAACCUCCCCCCACAAGUUAAGCUGGGAGGAGACAAUGAGGGACUGCUGGAAAGACUGCCCAUUUGUAUUCUACAGAAGGAUAUAAUGAGGCCGAAUGCUAUUACAUGGACUAUUCGAUUCUGCUCUGUCUAUCAUAAACCCUUUGCACAUGUCCAGCUGUUACUUGUUGGCACAUCCAUUUCAGCUCCCUGCUUGGCUGAUUGCUGCCCCCAGAGGGUGGCCUCUGGGAGGCUGGGAGUGAGCUCCAGCCUCCUGGGGGAACCUCCUAGCCCCUGAGGGCCAGGCCCCUCUCUUGUCUACAAUAAGGAAGGAAUGUUUCAUAGGCGUCUUCAAACCCUUGGUGCAUGACCUUGGAAAUAUACCCAUCAGCCAGCCUGGAGCAUCCCUGAGCACAGGGUCCUGUUUCCCAAGCCCCAGGUGAGCCCCCCAGGCAGCAAGGCUGAACAGAACCCUGGGCUGUUCUCCCAGCUGCUCCUAGCUGAGCCCUGUGUCUGAUUUCAGGGUCCUUUGCCAUCUGCUUGCCCUUCCCAGCUGAGCAAACAUUCCACCCAAGGGACAAAAGAGGCCUGAAGAUCUCCCAGGGUAGAAUCCAACAUCUGAGAGUUUCUGCAUCUCCCUGCGACCCCCUCAGAGAAAGAGAAAAUGCUAGGGCUCUCACAGCCACUCCUAUCUUCCACAUCCCACCCACAGAACCAACUCUAAUGCUACAGACCCAGCCCUGCCCUUCGUGGGGCUCAGGUCCAUUAUGUCCACUCACAGUGACCAACAUGAGGGUCACCUGGGUGCUCUUAUCUUUACUAUUUCUUUCCUUCUGCUUUUAGUUGGGUUCACUUUGCUCUUAUUUUUCUAGUUCUUGUGGUAGGAACUCUGAUUGUUGAUUUGAGAUAUUUCCUCUCUUAUAAGCCUUUCUUGCUACAAAUUCCUCUCUCAGCACAGCAUAAGUUGCAUCCUACAAGUGAUGGAGAUGUUUUUAGUGUAUUUAAUAUAAUUCUGUGUAUUUUUAAAAUAUCCUUUGAGACUUCCUUGUUGACCCGUAGAUUACUUACACAUAUGUAGCUUGCUUUACAAUUGUUCGAAGAUUUUUCUGUUGUCUUUCUAUUGCUGAUUUCUUGUUUGAUUACUAUUUUCAGAGAGAUGACUCUGCUUUCAAUUAUUUUAAGUUUGGUUAUAGGCACCUGUCUGGCUUGGUGGACGGAGCCUGUGACUCUUGAUCUAGGGGCCAUGAGUUCUAGCCCCAUGUUGGGGGUAGAGUUGACUUCAAAACAAAGUAAAUUUGGUUAGCUUUUAGAUAUGACACCAAACAUAAGCCACAGAGAAGGAUGAAUUAAUUGGACAUCUUUUCCCUUGGUUAUUCUUUAAUAGUAGGUCAGCUGGCAACAAAUUCUCAUAUUUUUCCUUCAUCACAAUAUUUCCUUAGUUCCCCUUUCCUCCUGAAAAUCAUUUUGCCAGAUCAGGAUUUGUAGUCAGCCUGAAAACCCUGCCACUUCCUUCUGGCCUCCAGGCUGUCGGACACAAAACCUACCAUCACUUAAAUCAGUGUUCCUUAAUAUGCAAUGGGUUGUUUCUCUGGCUGUUUUUCAAGAUUUCUUUUUUCUUUGUCUUUAGUUUCCAGAAGUUUCCAUGUGUCUCACUGUGAUUGCUUAUCGUGCUUGGGGUUCCCUCAGCUUCUUGGACCAUUAUUUCUUCAGGUACCUUUUUCAGUCCAUACUUUUUUCCUACUUCUGGUAUCCAGUGGUGUCAAUGUUAGAGUCUUCCUUUUUUAAAAAAGAUUUAUUUAUUUGAGAAAGAGAGGGAGAGAGCGCUCACUUGCAAUUGGGGAGAGGGACAGAGGGAGACAGAGGGAGAGGGAGGUGUGGAAUCCUCAAGCUGACUCCCUGCUGAACACCAAGAGACCACAAGUCAAGGAGUAUGGGCUGGCUCCUGAAACUGGAGAAGGCAAGAAAAUUGAUCCAACCCCAGAACCUCCAGAAAGGAAUGUGGUCCCGCCAAUAACUUUAUUAUAGCCCAGUAAAGCCCAUGGUGGACUUCUGACCUCUGGAACUGUAAGAGAAUAAGUAUCUGUUGCUUAAAGCCACCAUCUUCGUGGUAAUUUGUUACAGCAGUAACAGGAAGCUAAUAGAGACCGCAUAUUGGAUAAUAUUGCUGUGUGAAGAUCAAAUGGGGGGAGCCUGGUAAUCGUAGGGUGGAUAUAUAGGAGAAAAUCCUUGUUCUGGUGAGAUACAGGUGGAAGUAGUGAGGGUGAAGUAGUAUGAUACCUAUAACUUUCAAUUGGUUUAUUAAAAAAAUCAUACGUAGGGAGCCUGGGUGGUUCAGUCAUUUAAGCAUUUGCCUUCAGCCCAGGUCAUGAUCCCGUGAUCCUGGGUUCGAGUCCUGCAUCAGGCUCUUUGCUCAACAGGGAGUCUACUUCUCCCUCUGCCUUUUGCCUCCCCCCAAUUCAUGUGCUCUCUUUCUCUUAAAUAAAUAAAAUCUUUUUUAAAAAUCAUAUAUAUAUAUAUAUAUAAUGAAAAUGAUUUGUGUGCAUACACAUGCACACAUUUAGAUCUAUACAGACAGAAUACAAAUGUGGCAUGGUAAAUAGGGAUGAGAGGUAUCUGGGAGUCCCCUCUCAUAGUCUUGCAAGUUUUCUCUAAGUUUGAAUUUUUUAACGGGGGGGGGUGUGGCCUUACAUUUUUGAAGUACACACAGAAGUGUUUACAAACAAUACUAUAUGAUUUGUAACAUAUAAUCCAGUGUGUGGAGGAGUAGAAGGGAGGUAGACACAACAAGGUUCAUCAUGAAUUGAUACUUUGGGGCUGGAGAUGGGUGCAUGGGGUUUCCUGAUACUAUUCUCACUAGUCUAGUGAACUACAGUCCACUUGUAUAUGUUUGUAUACAAACUCUCUUUGUAUUUCUUUGAAAUUUGCCAUAUUAAAAGAUUUUAAGGAAGGAGAGAAAAAAAUCCAAUCGAGAAGUUUUAUCAGAGUUCCACAGAACUUUCAAUUCAGAUCAUCUCAAAAUCAUAGAAAUUCAUCCUUGGAAUAGAAAGGGAAUAUCCCCCUAACUUAUUCCAAGGCUAGUAUAACCUUUAAACUAAAAUGGGAACAACAACAGAAGUACAGAAAAAGGAAAAUACCAGACCAAUCAUACUCAUAAAUAAAGAUGCAAAAAUGCUAAACAAGAUACUCUCAAACCAAAUCCAAUAGUAUAUAGAAUAAAAACAGUACACCGUGACUAACUUAACGUUUGUCCCAAGAAAGAAAAGGUCAUUGAACAUUAGAAAUUUAUAAAUGGGGGGCACCUGGGUGCCUCAGUCAGGUAAGCAUCUGACUCUCGAUUGUGGCUCAGGUCAUGAUCCAAGGGUCCUGGGAUCAAGCCCCACAUCCGGCUCUCCUUCUCCCUCUGCCUACCACUCCCCCUGUUUGUGUAAUCUCUCUUACUCUCAUAUAAAUAAAAAAAUCUUUUAAAAAAAAUUAUAAAUGGGGGACACCUGGGCGGCUGUUAGCUAAGCGGUGGGCUCUUAACUUCAGUUGGGAUCAUGAUCUCAGGACCCUGGGAUUGAGCCCUGCAUUAGGCUCCCCUCUCAGCAGGGAGUCUGUUUGUCUCUCUCUCCCUCUGCCCCUCUCCCCAUCCUGCUUCCUCUCUCUCCCUCUCUCUAAUAAAUAAAAUCUUUUAAAAAUUAAAAAUUAAAACACCCAGAUGAUACCCAAUUCUAAUUCAUAAGUCCUUUCAUUUUUUUUUAAAGAUUUUAUUUAUUUGACAGAAAGUGAGUGAGCAGAAGUAGGGGGAGCAGCAGGCAGAGGGAAAGGGAAAGGCCCAAUAUAGGGCUCGAUCCCAGGACCCUGGGAUUAUGACUUGAGCCGAGGGCAGACACUUAACUAACUGAGCCACCCAGAUGCCCCAGGCCUUUCAUUUUAAUGGGGAGGAAAUUGAGGCCCAGAAAAUGGGAGAGAUUUGGCCAGGAUCUCUUGAGUCAGGGGAUGAAUGGGCUAGAGCUCAGGUCACCACAGGAAGGGGAAAAAUGAAAUAUUUGGGGGAGGGGUGCCUGUUGGAGGAACAUGCGAUUCUUGUUCUCAGGGUCAUGAGUUCAGGGUCAUGAGUUCACACCCCACACUAGGUAUAGAGAUUACUUUAAAAAAAA